UCAGGCACAAACAGAGGUGUCCUCUCCACUUGUGCCAUAUGCCUUGGAUGGAAAUCACAUAGAAUUAUUGAGUGCAAGGCACCCAAACUGUGGGACGAGUCUUAUGACACUCUCUGUGCUCAAAUUGGCAAAGUACUUACCAUGCAAGAUGGAAAACCUGUCUGCAGUGACUGGCAAUGUGUCAGUGGAUGUGUCGAGAUCACACAUGACCACAGACAUUUCUGCUCUGGAUGCAGCCUCUCAUCUCAUGGAGCUCAGACAUGUCCUUGA